AAAACAUAUGCGCAUGUGUGUGUUCUUUUCCCCCUCAGUUCUUAUUUCAUCCCGUUUAUGAACAUUCACAGUUCCGCCUUUCCCUGAAAUUUUGCAUAAGUACCUCGCCCUCCCCUUUUAACAUGAAAAAAUAUCAUUAUUUUCAAUUUUGAAAGCUUAUGCGCAUGCACGCAGUUUCUUUCUCGCGAGGUUCCCAACAGUCACGUGUCUUUUUUGUUUUUGUGUUGGUUUACAUGUUUACUUCCGCUGUUGGCAAUUGCCUUGCGACCACACAUCUGCUGUCGCCAUUUUGUCCUGCAUUCGCAGUUCCAACAGUAAGAGCGGAAGAUGCAUCCCUUGUUGUAUCUCAUCCUGGCCCAACAAGCUAUAAUCAGGUCUGUUGUUGCGUUGUUGCGGCGCAGGCAUAGGCGCCUCCAACAGUUCCACUGUAUGCUCGCUGCGAACAGGAGGAGGGCGAGUAGGAGGAAGCACGCUCGCAGGAAGAGUAGCCUCGUGGUUGGUCGCCUUGCCCAGCAAACUGUAGCGACUGUGGGUGGGAGAAUUUCCCAAUGUCUCCGGCCAUUGCCCAGGAGGUGGUGGGUCUAUCCACAUGAGACGGACUUCUGGCCGAAGCUGUUAUGCACCGUUUGGUCCGAUGAAAAAUGGAUAGAGCAUCUGAGGAUGCCUAGGAGGCUUUUCCUGCUUAUUGUGGAACAGCUGCGUCCGGAGAUCUGCAGGGAGGACACCCGUCUGCGCUCCGCCAUACCAGUGGAGAAGAGGGUGGCAAUCGCACUUUGGAUCCUGGCUAACCAGGGGUCCUAUGGCACAGCGGCCACCCGGUUCGGCGUGGGGAAAUCGACAGUGUGCACCAUUUUUAUUUCUGUAGUCCUGGCCAUAGAGAAAGUCCUCCUUCACAAGACAGUGUACCUCGGGGACCACAGGAAGAUCAUGGCAGGCUUCGAGGCUAUGGGAUUCCCACAAGUAAUCGGGGCUGUUGAUGGGUGCCACUGUCACAUCAUUUCGCCAGUGCGUCAGGGUGGGGAGUAUAUCAAUCGCAAGGACACGUACAGCAUGCUGUUGCAGGGAACAGUGGACCACACUGUACUAUUCAUCAAUGUCUGCAUUGGAUGGAGCGGGACCUCGCAUGACGGAUUCGUUUUCCGCCACUCUUCCAUCUACCAAACCAUGCGUGCAGGCCUGUUUGUGCCAGGGAAUCCAACUGUCACCAUCUGUGGCAAGCAGGUGGGCCCACUGCUUAUUGCAGAUGCAGCAUAUGGGGUGAAAAACUGGGUCAUGACCCCAUUCAAAGGCACUCUCCAGCCACGCCAGGCCCUGUAUAAUCGCCACCUCAAUAGAGCCAGGAACACGGUGGAACGUGCAUUUGGCCGCUUGAAGGCAAGAUGGCGGUGUCUCACUGCACCAUUGGAGCUGGCAGAGGAGAACGUUAACUCUGUCAUAGUGGCAUGCUGCGUUCUGCACAACCUCGUGGAGACUGGAGGGCGCAUUUUGGAGGGGGCACCAUCUCGGCCAAGGCGAUUUGUGCUUAAUGCUGCCAGUUUACGCACUGCAAACGCCGACCGUGAAAAAGCAGAUGCCCCCGACUCUGAUCGGGGAAGACCAAGGAGGAGGAGGGGGUCCCGGCGCCGUGAGCCUUCUUCCUCGCCGUCUUCCGAAGAGGAGGAACAGGAGGAGGAGGAAGAGGAGGAUCCCUCCGUGUUGGGAGAGGAGGGAGAGGACGAGGCACCUGCUGUCCGCGAGUCACCAGCGGAGGAGGAGGUGGAGGAGGCGGGGCAGAUCGAGGGUACGUUGGAACAGGGAAUGUCACGCAGGAGUUUGUUUUGGGAAUUCGGUUGCCAAGGAAGAGGAAAACUAGACCGUGGGACACUAUGUGGUCAUCCACUCUGA